AAGAAUUUGAAAGGUUAUUAUAUCACUCAAAUUUUUUUUAUUUAAGUUGUGUUCAAGCAUUUUCUCCGAGGGCAUGACAUGACAAAAAUAUUGGACCACUUGAUCAUAAUAUUCGUGUUAUCUCAGAUAAAUUACACUUAUUCAAGUCAUUCUAUUACUAAAAAUAUGUCAGCAAAUAAUUUUCCAACUUUAAAAAAUGAUCGAAUUCUAAAAGCGGCUAAAGGCGAAAAACCUGAUAAACUACCAAUAUGGAUAAUGAGACAAGCAGGGAGAUAUUUGCCAGAAUUUAUGGAGUUCCGCAAGCAACAUUCCUUCUUUGAAAUAUGUCAGACUCCUAGUUUGGCUUGUGAAGUAACUCUGAUGCCUAUCAAGAGAUAUGAUCUAGAUGCUGCUAUUAUUUUUAGUGACAUAUUAGUAAUACCUCAAGCUCUUGGAAUGAUUGUAGAAAUGAGACCUGGUGUGGGGCCAGUUCUACCUGAACCUCUCACAUUGGAAAAUUUAAAAGAACUGAAUAAGGAAGGAGCUGUAUCAAGGUUACAAUAUGUUGGUGAAGCAAUCACUUUAACUAGGCAUAAGCUAGAGGGUAAAGUUCCAUUGUUUGGAUUCUCAGGAGCACCAUGGACCCUAAUGGGUUAUAUGAUUGAAGGAGGAGGCUCAAAAACCUUGAGCAAGGCUAAAAAAUGGUUGUAUGCAUAUCCAGAAAUAUCUCACCAACUAUUAGAACUAUUGACCAAUGUGAUAACUGAUUAUUUGGUCAUGCAGAUCCAGGCAGGGGCACAAAUCAUUCAAGUGUUUGAUAGCAGUGCAGAAUAUCUGAACAGACACCUUUAUGCCAAGUUUUGUUUACCAUAUUUGAAAAAAAUAGCAUCUGGCAUCAGAGAAAAAUCCACAGCAUUAAAUUUAGAACAAGUACCAUUAAUUCUCUUUGCAAAAGGGGCCCACUUCAGUUUAGCAGAACAAGCUGAUCUAGGUUAUGAUGUAUUAGGCAUAGAUUGGACAAUGAAUCCAAAUCAUGUGAGGUCAACCCUGAAGAACAAAAAUAUCACAGUACAGGGUAACUUGGAUCCUUGUGCAUUAUAUGCCCCAAAGGAAGAAUUAGCACAAAUGGUUAAAGACAUGGUGAAAUCAUUUGGAACAGAGAGAUAUAUUGUCAAUUUGGGACAUGGGAUUUAUCCUGAUGCACCUACUGAAGCUGUUCAAACAUUUAUUGAUGCUGUUCAUUCAAUUCCUUUGUAGUUUAUUUUUACAUUGAUGGUUUUGUUGAUUUUUUAUAAAUAUUUAGUUAUAUA